AUGCACCUUUUUCGCCCCAUCGUCGUUUUAUUCCUCUUCCUCGCCUCCCUCGUCCUAUCCGCUCCUCUCCCACACCCUCAAAAUGGAACAGGACUCUCCAUCUACCCCCGAAACACCGACCCCUCCAAAUUCACAGGCCCACUCCGCGCCAUCGCCGACCAAAUCAACAAACUCGUCCACCCCUUACCGGGGACGUCCGUCCUCUGGAGCGGCCGCAUAGGCAACGAAAAACCCAUGGAAGGCGCACGCACCUACGCCCUCGCCAACGGCAAAACCACACUCGAAAUGUUCCUCGAGACUAAAGGCAUCAACAUGCCCGACUGGAGGGUGGAAAAGGAUAUAUGGAAGUACGCGUCGCGGGUGUUUGCGCAGCGCUCCGAGGGGCAGGUGGUCGCUAUCUUGGGGGAUAAGCACACGUUGAGGGAUGACAGUGUGUAUAUGACUAUUGAGAGACCUUUGGUGCUGGAGAAGGAUGGCACGGGGCUUGUGGAGAUAAGACCUGGGCAGCCGCCUGAAGUGAUUAAGAAGCUGGAAGUAAAGAAUAAAGGAUCUAGCUCUAAACCGGGUACGAACGCUCGAAAGAGUUCGUCGGAUUCAGGCAAGGGAAAGAAGACUGUUGCGCUACCACGAAACGUUGCAAAAAGGAAGUAG